AUGGGCCCGAGCUCGUAUUCUCUACCCAACUCCGCCCCGGCCAUGCCCGCGUCCCCCGCUCUCUCGAAUUCAUCCCUCCAGUUUAACUCUCAAUUAGCCACGCAUUCCAUCACCCCCACCCCCCCACUCAACAUGCCAUCCUCCUGGCAGUCCCCCUCGCUCAAUUCCGCGUCUCUUCAAUCCUCACAGCCGAUUAGGUCUCCCGAAGAUCCAACCCAACCAAAUUUGAUCCCUCAACUAAUGAGUCAGGUUAUCACUGCCAUCGGCUUGAAUUCUGAUUUCGAUCGAUCUAAUCCAGCAUCUUCUGUUAGACGCUAUGACCCUCGCACCCUUCCAAUCGAUCCUCGGACCAGCCUUAGGCUCAAUGAAGCUGCCAUGGCCGCGAUUGAGCAAGCCUAUCUGCACGAAACCUGCGGCGUGACCGAACUCAAACUUUACAAAGAGUACCUCAUCAAUCAGCAUCAACUCAAAAUUUCCGAGAAGUCAUCCAAACUUCACGAUCAUCCACCUCUCAGCUCUCCGAACACCAGCACCACAAAUAUCACCGGCAUACAUCCCGUUGGAAUGAACAACUCAGCUAUGGCCUUCAGAUCGUCAACCCCAGCCAAUAGCGGCCAAAAUCAACGGCCCCAGCUUCAAUCGGCUCCUCCACCAGGUCAACCAGGCCCCCGACACUCCAGCCAAAGACCGCUGGGGCCACCGCCACCCACCUCGUUGAACUCUAACUACAACCAGUCCCAGCAACCCAACCAGCAAGUCAUUCUGAACGCGUCGAACACGUCCAACCAAGCCGCCUCAUCUCCCACAGCCAUUGCCAACCCUAAUCAGGCGUUUGCCCAUGCGCCCUCGACCCCGAUGAAUAGCUCACACUCCAUCGCGCCAUCAUCUCCCAAUCCAGCCCAACGUUUUCUUGCCAGCUUGAGCGAUUUUCUCACCAAGAGUAGUCGACAGCCACUUCAGCUAUCGUUUCCUCCGUUGAUCGAGGGCCAGGCAGUCGAUCUAUACAAGCUGUUUGGUAUUGUGCAGCAGAACGGCGGGUCCGCGAACGUCGCUCGCCUGGGCGGUUGGCCACUCAUAGCCGCUGCCAUCGACCUCUUGCCUUCAAACGACCCAUCGGGACGUCGGAGCUCUCAAAACGAGGCGGACCCGAUGUCUCGAUACAGUCCCGAACAAAUCCAUCAGCUUCAACACCCAACCCAACCUGAUCAUGCGCAGCCUCAAUUUGCUCAACAGCACCUGCAGUCAAACCCACUCUUGCAGUCCUCGAUCCCGCCCUCAAGUCUUCAAAAUAGCUCUUCGAAUUGGACGGGAAACAACCAGAAUACCUUCGUUGGCACUUCCACGAAAGCUCCUCUACAUCAAACGCACCAAGCUUCAUCGGCUUCGCAGCACCCUCCGUCAGCGUCGCCUCAGUCAAUGAACGCGGUACCUGGCGCGCAAAAUCCAUCAAUGAAUUGGCCAGGUAGUACUCCGAAUAGCUUUACCAAUUCUCCUACGAAAACUCCGCUGCACCUUCCUCAGCAAACCCAACCACAACCUCCACCACUUCAACCGGCGUCACAAAACGUGCAUGUCGCGUCCUCCUUACCCUCGUUGAAUUCCAACCAAAAUCCAGCAGUAAACUGGCCAGGUGCCCCUUCGAAUCCUCUCAGCACCUCCCCAGUAACAGCAGUCUAUAAUCAAUCCAAUAUCCCAUCUCAAUCGCCUGGAGAGACCGGUCAGCUUACGAGCUGGAAUGGAGGAGCGGUUGGUCUUAACCAACCUCAAAAUCAAAUUCCCACUCAUGGGCCUACAGCCUUAGUUCCGAACCUCUACAAUCAACCGCCGAACCAUCCUGGCAACAGUCAAUACGUUACUCCUGGCGCAUUCUUCGGCCAUCAACCAGGCAGCGGACCUCAUUCGGCUAGCUUCAGUAGUGGUGGAAGCCCGAUGCUGAAUACCAACAUGAGUUUGGCCGCAUCCUCUAUCGGAGUAGCACCGACUACUCCCCAAAUCACCAACAAAAAUCUCGCCAUCAACCCAUCUCAUCAGGAUCCAAGCGCCCUUCCUGGUGGUCCGCCUAACGGUGCGAUGACCCCGGCUGGUAGUCAGGCGGGUAGUCCUGGAAGUUUGGUUAGAGCUACCAGCGAAAGUGUCUCGAAUACAUCCACUUCACUCCCGAAUAGCUCGAACAGUAACGGCAAGAGGGCUCGAUCAAGUAAAAAGUCAAUCGCUCAGGAAGGCUCGGCGAAAAACUUGAAUAAUAGCAAUAAAGCACCGCCUAAUGCUUUGGAUAAAAAGAAGAGAAUGAAACGAGACCAUGAAUCAAACUCGCCCCUAGUGACGAGCAAAGGUCUUCCACUCAACGAUUCCCAAAACGGCACGUCGAGCAGUCGAACUCCAUCAGUUGCGAGUAACCAUCCUCAGCCGCAAAUUUCGCCAUCAUUCCAGGGCGAAAAUGAAGCCACCCUUGGUGCCUUGCCGCCAUCCAAUGCGCCUCCGAAUCUCAACGGCCCAUCCGAUCAGCCCUCGCCUGCUCUCCAACAAGCGAGUCAUUCGCAGCAGCCGUCUCCUGCUGGUGGCGCGAUGGUCGAGCUGAUGCCUCCGCUGAUCCAGUCCUCCGAUGGCGCGACAACGAUGUUCGGAUCCCAGCAUGAAAAGAGCAAUUCACCCCAGCAUCUUGAACAUCCCCCGACAGAUCAUUUCGGUCCCAGGGCUAUCACCCCAUCCGUCAACCCACCAUCUUCAGGUAAAAAUCAGGGUUAUCCUUCCCCUCAUCCUCCCGGUUCACCCUUGAAAGGAAAACCCCCUUAUCAGUCCGACCCCGGUCAUCCCAAUGGAAUCGCUGCCAGAACUCUCCAACGACCGCCCGUUCCUCCCCCGAGAACCGAUUACGUCCCCCUAUGUAAACCUGCUGACAAUACCGGUGGAUGGGAUUUGAAGGAAGCUGAAGAGAUUUACAAUUUCCGCCUGUCUUCAAAACCACGCCGAUCACUAGAUGAUCUAGGUUUGGUGGAUGUACACUCGCUCGUGAUGUCACUAAGAUCCAGAAUCGGAAGCGAAGUGACUUAUGCAUUGAACACUCUCACGUUUCUUGGUCCUCACCUCAAGAUAUUCCGCGACGAAACUAGCGGAAGUUUGGGAAUCCUUUCGAUGCCGCUAGCGAUGUGUGAAGAUCUCCUAGAAGAACUGUUAGACUUGUUGGAAGAUGUAGCGUUCAAGCCCAACUGGAAUCGCGAUGAUGAUGAUCAAGCAUGCACAGAAGAGCAAACAGCGACUGGGUUUUAUGAUAUGAUGGCACAUGCUUUAGACGAAGAUGCGAGGCCGCCACCGAAAGAUUCACCGUCAGCAGAAGACGAGGAUGAUUCGGAUGAUGAGGAGUCUGACCUGCGUCCACCAAUCGGCCAAGUUGAAAUAAUCUUCAGUAUCCUGAACAUCUUGCGAUCAUUUGCACUUUCGGAAGAUAGCGCUCCCUAUAUCGGUCGGACCGCCCGUACGACAAGCCUGUUGAUUGGAUUAUGCGAAUUCAGCGCCAAUCCACAAAAUCUUCGCAAGAGUCUUCGUUUAACUAAGCUCGAGAGGUUGAGGAUUCGACGAGAGGUCUUGCAAAUCCUGUCAGAUGUUGGCCAUGGGAUUUAUCUCGAUGAACAAACCGACCGGGUAGUGUCAGCUCUUCUCCGCCUAGCUUUAUUCUUUCUUGUCGAUUCUCCGCAUCAAAUCGAUCGGACGCCGUUUGAGGGAGAAGGCACGAUAGAACUUAAGCCAGGGGUAGAAGUUAGUCCGGCGAUCCAGCUUCGUCUGCGCUCGUUGUCAAUAGUACCGAGUCAUGUGGAAGCAGCAACGAGCCUAGUAUCGAAAGUGGGCACGUUGGAUAGCAACCGGCGUCGGAUCGAGGAAUCAUUGUGCAGGACGAGGACUGAAUGGGUGGUAGAGGAGCUAAUAGAGACCUUGACGAAAAUGUUGCCGAUAACGGGAGAAGAGAUGGUCCUAGUAGUCUCGGAGGACGAUCCGCGGGUGCGGGCGGAAGUCCUGGCAAUGGGCCUUUUCAACCUGGUCAGCCUCAAGCCGAGCUCGAUGGCGAUCCCUGGCGAGAGUCGACUGAAGACCCGGUCGAUGUUACUGCGCGCCUUGGUCCGCACCCUUGGUCGUUUCCUCGUGAUCGGCGACGACCAGGUCUCUAUCAUCGCCUCCCACAGGGCCCUCUCCAUGCAAAUUCUUGUUGAACGUCUGAUCGAAACCAUGCGGGUCUUGAUCGAACAGGUCGACCUACCCACCUCUGGCCCUGGUUUCACACCCAUCACAGGCUUGUUCAGGGGCAGUAACACUCUCCGACAUCACGCCGGCAAACUCAGCUUCGGGGAGCCUCCAAUGAAUUGGUUUGGGGGCGGGUUUGAGUCAGACGAGUCUGAGAAAGAGAUCGGCUCUAGUCUUGUGAUCCAACCCUCAAGCUCGUUGUCGGAUGAAGAAGAAGAAGAAGGGCUGCAGAAGGUCCAACUCUUGCCCAAGCUGUCCACCGAUCUCAAGUCUUCUGAAGGCGAGAAUGUUCCCAAGACUGACAUCGGUAACCUUUCUCUGGCCGGCUUGAGCUCCGUCGGCGCGGUCCGUUGGAGGGCCGAGUUCAUCAAGAUGUUGGCUGGCUUCGGCGGCCAUCUUAAUCGCAACCCUCCCAACCAUCAUAAUCAUCCUAACUCGCCCAAUCUCGAUGGUCCUAUCGGCAGUCUUAUCACCCCUAACGCUUUUAGCUCACUAGUCAAGAUCUUGGACUGA